GUGGAGUUUCGUUUCCUCCGUCCCCCGUCCUCCAUCCCAAUGCCGUCGUCGCCAGUGGAGCUCCGUGAGAUGGGUGCAGAAGCGCUCAAAAUCCCACCCCACAUUCUUCAACUUCACCAUGGCCGUCUGGCGAUUUGGCGCCCCUCGGUACUCUCUGCUUCGUAGAGAUGCCCUUGCGGCAGACCAAUCCGCGACCGACGCGACGGCGUCCCCACCGAGGUCGCGCUUCGCCCUCGCCGAUGUCUGGUCGUCCCGGAGACUGCGCCUCUGGGUGCCGGUCCUCUUGACGGCCAUGGUGCUGCUCGUCUCUGGCAGCCGCCGCUUCCACACGCCCUCGGUGCGCACCUGGCGGCCGGCGACCGACGGGACGCCUGCGGACGAGCGCCGCCCCGAGCCGCCGCCGGUGACAUCCAAGCCGCCGCCCUUGCCAAGCCCGGCGCCCCCGAGCCCGUCUUGGCCCGAGGGUCCAGCCCUUGCCGGGUCCGUCGACUGGUCGCGCUUCGCCUAUACCCAAUAUGUCACCGACCUGCAUUAUCUGUGCAACUCGGUCAUGCUGUUUGAGCGGCUGCACCAUCUCGGGAGCCGGGCCGGCCGCGUCAUGAUGUAUCCGUCGCACAUGUUCGACCCGACUGCCGCCGACGGCGGAACAAGCGUCGAGGCACGGUUGCUGAGGAAGGCGCGCGACGAGUACAACGUCCGGUUGGUGCCUAUCCAAGUACAGCGCCGAGAUGGCGGGGAUAAGACGUGGGCCGAAUCCUACACGAAACUGCUCGCCUUCAACCAGACGCAGUACGACCGCGUUCUCUCGCUCGACUCGGACUCGGUUGUCUUGCAGCACAUGGACGAGCUCUUCCUGCUGCCGCCCUGCCCGAUGGCAAUGCCGCGCGCCUACUGGCUAUACCCGGAGAAGAAGGUGCUCUCGUCGCAGGUCAUGCUGCUGCAGCCGAGCGAGGCCGAGUUCGCGCGCGUCAUGGACAAGAUCAACGCGGCGGCCGACGACGACUACGACAUGGAGAUCGUCAACCAGCUGUACGGCGACAGCGCCAUGGUGCUGCCGCACCGCCCGUACGAUCUGCUGACGGGCGAGUUCCGCCACGACCCGGACGAGCACGCCGCGUACCUCGGCAGCGAGCGCGAGAAGUGGGAUCCCGUUGCCGCCUUCAACGAGGCCAAGUUCCUCCACUUUUCUGACUGGCCCCUGCCGAAGCCGUGGCUAGUAUCCGAGGCGCAGAGGCUGGCUAACCAGCCCAAGUGUCAUCAGCGGGACGGCGGCGUGGAGUCGUGCGCCGAGAGAGAGAUAUGGAAUGGGAUAUACGCCGAUUUUGCGGAGCGGCGCAAGCGGGUGUGUGGAACGGGGCCCGGCAGGCCGUGGCGACAACGGCGGAGGUGACGCUCUGUAUAUAGCCCAUGGUGGAUGCGUUGAUUUUGGCAUAACCCUGGAUGGAAGAUAUCUGGAAACUAUUUCGUCAAUUGGGUGACUACGGCGGCGUUGUGGAGGGUACCUGGGGCUUGGCGGCGUUUAGAUCUCUCUCAGUUUUGGGGGCUGUACAUACGGAGUAGAGUCGGCAGUGUAUGAUCCGCGGGCAGAGCUGCUGGUGCAUUCACGGAUAGAACAGACCUGUAACUUAAACGGCUGGUGUUCCGUUCAUGCUUUUCCGGACGUGGCUCGAAGUCUUGGUCGACAUAUCAUUGUUCUUCCUCAAGGUGCCAACUGUGUUUAGC